AUAACAUCACGUGAGAACGUAGACUGAGCUCACAAACAGGAAGCAGCCAAGCAGUAGAGCUACCGGCCAUCGAUUAACGGAGAAACGGACAGAAAGAUUUCGGAUCGAUGCAGAGAGACUUAGUGAAAGUUCUUCGAAUGUUUUCGGAUAUGACUUUCACAUGCAGCUCGUCGAUCCGUGUCUGGGCCACAAACCCAGGCUGCCUCCUUUUCCUGUUUGUCCUGUCAGGUUCAGCCUCAGCAGAUAUCGUCCCACAGACAAUAACAGCCUAUGUGACUGAAAUCGUCGUCCUGCCGUGCCACAUCACUGUGGAUGGUGAACUCCCCACGGUGGAGUGGUCCAAGGAGGGCUUAAGGGAAAACAGCAUCACCUUACUGUACCGGGACGGCUGCGAGACGUUUGGGAUGAAGAAUCCAGCCUUCCACUACAGGACAAACCUCCUUUUGAACAAACUGAAGGACGGCAACAUCUCUCAGAUCAUUUACAACCUGAGGGUGUCUGAUGGAGGCAGGUACAACUGCAGGACCCUCAGGGGGAAGGAGUGGCAGGUUCACGCGAUUAUCGUCCUUAAUGUGGGUGCCACGUCAAAGCCAGAGCUCACAGUUGUUCCCUCCACUGAGGGUGGAGAACUGACCCUGGAGUGUAAGGCGGAGUGCUGGUUCCCAGAACCUGACAUCACGUUUUACGAUGACGAAAGGAACGAGAUUCCAGCAGAAAAACCCACAAGAGGUCCAAACUCUAGAGAAUGUUUUACAGUUACCAGGAGAGCAGUUGUGCAGACUAAAAUCAACAGAGUGACCUGCAAAGUCCACGAGAGAAAGUUCAAUCAGACCAAGAACACAGAGAUUUACAUCCCAGAUGGCUGGAUGAGGUCCUGCUCAAACACGGCAAUAAUCACAGGAAUCGUCACUUCUUUCGUGACAGGGUUAAUAAUAUGUGGAAUUGUUUUCCUGGGAGACAAAAAAUCCUGCGGGAGAGGACAACACUCCAGAAAUGGAGGUAUGAAAGAAGCUGUUCAAGAGAAGGAAGAGGCAGAGAGGAAUGGAUACAGAUACAGAGGUACCUCACAGGAAGAGCAGUCCACAGAUGACUCCAUGAUCUCGCCAGAUGGCACAGGACCAAUAGCCCAAACGCCCAGUUACAACGUGGCCACAGGACAGGACACGUCCACCAUGAAAACGUCUCAAAUGACUGUUGUAAGACGAAACAAAACCCUUAGCUUAUUGAGCAAUGACAGACCUAGAUCCAUGUCUUCUUCGCCUUCUUCUCUGUUCCCUCCCAGUACCAUAAUCUCCCGGGCAAAUACCAAUGAGAGCUCAGAGACGCUGUUAAAUGAACAAGGAAACCACAACAACUAAAACUAGGCCUGUCGCAAUGAGCAACAGGUCAAGUCCUGUUGCUCAUUCAAUUUAGCUCGAAAUUAUCGGACUAACUUAAAAUGAGCUUGAUCACUUCUAUUCUUAUGAAAUUAGAAUAGGAAUUUUAUCUCCAGAUAAAAUUUGCAGAGAAUUGUUUUUUUUCUGGAGACAUCAUUAUGUGUUUCAUUUUGUUGUGUGUUGUUUUCAUUUGAUUGUGUUUUGGUUAUUUUGUAUCUUUUGGAUAUCUAAGAUAUCUCCCAGUUCCAGUGUUAAGUGUUCUUUACAAGACUUAAAGUUUUUAGAUAUUUGUGAGUUAAAACUUGCCUUGUUAUGCCAUUAUCUGUAACCUCUAGGAAAAUGUGUUAUCUAGCAAAAUUGACAGAGAUGGGCCUCAAAGGAUCAGGACAAAAGCCUACAAAACUGUAAUUUAAAACCAAGUAUUCCAAGACUUCCUCUCAGGGGUUCCUCUUCAGUUUUCUUAUCCUCAGGUUUCAGUCUUAAAAGUGUACAUCCUUUGUAGAACAUCUCUGGUCUUCUUGUACGAAAAAGAUAUUGCGACUAUCGGCAUAUGCAGUUCCAGUUAGCAAUUGGGCUUGUUAUUGAGCCAAAACAAGUCUUAAAUUACUUGGGAGUAAGAUUAAAACCAUCUUUCCAUAAUUCAGUGUUAGACUUCUUAAAAAUCUACAUUUACUGAAUGUUUUGUUGUACUAGAAUUGUGUUUACUUUACAUUAAACAGGGAACUGGC